CCAAGUUUGCCCUUUUUUUUUUCAUGUCAGGAGCAACCGGACUUGCUUCUGGAGUGAGAGAAUUGGCCGUCUGCAAGGAUGUUGCCCAGGAGACAUUGCCCGGAUGUUUUUGAUGUUUUACCAUCCUUGUGGGAGGCUUCUCUCAUGUCCUCGCAUGGAGCUGGAGCUGAGAGAGGGAGCUCAUCCGCACUCUCCCCAGGUGGGAUUCGAACCUGGCAGCCUUCAGGUCAGCAACCCAACCUUCAAGUCACAAGGCUUUUAUCCCCUAGGCCACCGGAGGCUCCAAAUUUGCCCAUGCCUGGUGUAGACUCAUAUCAUCCAGUUCAAAGCAGAUAAUCUGGACGACCUGCUUGGAGAAUCUGGAUGAGAGGGGCCAUAGUUCACCAGCAACUUUGAAGGCGGAUGAGGCGGAAGUGUGCGGAGAGAGCAGAAGGAAGAGUUUAGCGUGGGGAGAAAGAGGAGAAAAGAUAGAAUAGGGGGGACAAAUGAGGAAUGGAUAUGUCGAAUGGCCUCAUGUGCCUGCGAUGUGCUUGGGAAGCUGCUGUUCUUGAGCGCGGCAGUAGGAGGGAGUGCAGUGCAAUGUGUGAUGCGAGAGAGAGAGAGAGAGAGAGAGAGAGAGAGGGAUCUGGAUGGGUCUGACUGUUGCCUGUGUGACAUUCCUUCUCCCCGGAUGAGACAGACGGCGCUCCUGAACUGCACUCCACCGCAGCAGCAGCAGCAGCAGCAUCACCACCACCUUGGGUUCACGUUGGAUCAAAUAGCCGAAGAAGCAGCCGGGGGUCAGACAACUAACACAACAGGAGAAGCAGAGAGACCAAGAAAGUGGCCACAACUCCCACAGCGGUGUCCGGCACCUUCCUCUGGAGACUGAAAGCCAGGAUUAGAGUGGGAUCCAAAGCACGAAGACGCCUUUUUUCCUGGGUGGGAGUGGGGAAGGCAAAGGAUGGCUCUGUGGGCCUCUCCCAAACCCCUCUUGAGCCCUUUGGGGUGAACCAAAGAAGGGCAAAGAGUCGGGCACCUGGACGCACCCGGGCCCUUUCCAAGACCCUGCAUAAGGUAUAAGGAAGGAAUAAAACAAGGCUGGGAUAUAUUUUUUUGGUCCACGAUGAAGCAGUGGGUUCUCCUCCGAAGGGUCUUAUGGGACACGGAAGGAGAACUAAGCGCCGCAACUCUGUUGGGAAUUACGCGGGGAAUCAAGGAGUCGGUGGGGUCAAAGGAGUGAGAGAAACUCUCCUUGGAUUCUGUCUGGAGGAAGUCUUCCAGGCUCCGAAGAUCACUUGUCCGUGGCAGUCCUACUUGGAGGAAGGGAAAGCGGAUCUCCGAGCAGGAUCCCGAGACCUUCCCGCCCGGCUCUGCUCCGCGUCCCAGGGAUGAGUGCCGGCCGCGUCAACCCGUACAGCAUCGUAUCCUCCGAGGAAGACGGGUUGACGUUGACCACCAUGCCUGGGGUGAAUGGCUUUGGCAACGGGAAGAUCCACACGCGGAGGAAAUGCCGGAACCGCUUUGUUAAGAAGAACGGCCAGUGCAACGUGGAGUUCACCAACAUGGACGACAAACCCCAGCGGUACAUCGCGGACAUGUUCACCACGUGCGUGGACAUCCGCUGGAGAUACAUGCUGCUGCUCUUCUCGCUGGCCUUCCUGGUGUCUUGGCUGUUGUUUGGCCUUGUAUUCUGGCUCAUCGCCCUGGUCCACGGCGACAUCGAGAAGCCGACCAAGGACGAGACCUUCACGCCUUGCCUCCUCCAGGUGAACGGCUUCGUGGCCGCUUUCUUGUUCUCCAUCGAGACGCAGACCACCAUCGGCUACGGCUUCCGCUGCGUGACGGAGGAGUGCCCGCUGGCCGUCUUCAUGGUGGUCCUCCAGUCCAUCGUGGGCUGCAUCAUCGACUCGUUCAUGAUCGGGGCCAUCAUGGCCAAGAUGGCGAGGCCCAAGAAGCGGGCCGAAACCUUGCUCUUCAGCCACCACGCCGUCAUCGCCAUGCGCGACGGGAAGCUCUGCCUGAUGUGGCGGGUGGGCAACCUCCGCAAGAGCCACAUCGUGGAAGCCCACGUCCGGGCCCAGCUCAUCAAGUCCCGCGUCACCGAGGAGGGCGAGUACAUCCCGCUCGACCAAAUCGACAUCGAUGUCGGGUUCGACAAAGGCCUGGACCGCAUUUUCCUGGUGUCCCCGCUCACCAUCCUCCACGAGAUCGGCGAAGAGAGCCCGCUCUUCGGGAUCAGCCGGCAGGACCUGGAGACGGACGAUUUCGAGAUCGUGGUCAUCCUGGAAGGCAUGGUGGAAGCCACGGCCAUGACCACGCAGGCGCGGAGCUCGUACUUGUCCAGCGAGAUCCUCUGGGGCCACCGCUUCGAGCCCGUCUUGUUUGAGGAGAAGAACCAAUACAAAGUGGACUAUUCCCACUUCCACAAGACCUACGAGGUGCCGUCCACGCCCUGUUGCAGUGCCAAGGACUUGUUGGAAAACAAGUUCCUCCUCCCGGGCACCAACUCUUUCUGUUACGAGAACGAGCUCGCCUUCAUUAGCCGCGACGAGGAGGAGGACGAGGACGAGGAGGAGGAGGAGGAAGAGGAAGAGGAAGACGACGACAGCAGGGCUUUGGACGACCCGGGUUCGGACAACCCGCCCGAGUUCAACCGGCUUCAGGCCACUGUGGCUCUGGACCAGCGGUCCUACAGAAGAGAGUCAGAAAUAUGACCCUGGACUCUCUUGGUUUCUUCCCUGCACUAAAACACACAAAAAACAAAACCCAAUCCAAAUUAUGCAGAACAAUGCAAGUGCCAUAGGAAUGCCUGAGAAUGUGUGUGGUGUGUAAGGGUGUGCACUGGUUGUUUUUUUAGACAUCGCAAUAACUACUGAAGGGCAUGGGUUGGGAGAAAGAACCCAUUGCCAGCCUCAACGGGCACGUCUGCACUGUAGAAUUAAUGCAGUUUGGCACCACUUUAAGGAAUGUGGAAUCAGGGGAGUUUUAGUUUCGCACGCUUCCGCAUUGGAAACCACCCUGAGUCCCUUGAGGACAAAUAAAGUUUUAUUUAUUAUUAUUAUUAUUAUUAUUAUUAUUAUUAUUAUUAUCUGGAAACCGCUCUGAAUCCCUUGAGGACAAAUAAAUUAUUAUUAUUAUUAUCAUCAUCAUCAUCAUCAUCAUCUGGAAACCGCCCUGAGUCCCUUGAGGACAAAUAAAUUAUUAUUAUUAUUAUCAUCAUCAUCAUCUGGAAACCGCCCUGAGUCCCUUGAGGACAAAUAAAUUAUCAUCAUCAUCAUCAUCAUCAUCAUCAUCAUCAUCAUCAUCAUCUGGAAACCGCCCUGAGUCCCUUGAGGACAAAUAAAGUUUUAUUAUUAUUAUUAUUAUUAUUAUUAUUAUUAUCAUCAUCAUCAUCAUCAUCAUCAUCAUCAUUAUCAUCAUCAUCUUCGGAAAGGAAAGCUGAAACCUUGUAAGCCUACAAUUCCCAAUCACAAUUAUCUAUCGUAUCAGAAGCAAACCGAGGAUACAGUUGCAAUGUAUUUAAAAACACAAACAAAGUUUUAAAAAACUAAAUUAUACUAAAUGUCCUUUGAUCAGUAGCGGGCCACUGGGUGUGCAGUGGGGGGUACAAAAUAAAGUUGUUAUUAUUAUUAUUAUUAUUAUUAUUUGGUCAUUCCACCACUAAGAUCACUCCUGGACCUUUGGUCGUUUCUGUUGCCAAACUGGAUUCGUUCCCCAAUGUAGACGCACCCAAAAUGUGGUGAACAUCCAAAUAGCAGUGUUUAUAACAGGCAAACUUGAGCCUUUUCUCCAGGUGUUUUGGACUCCAACUCCCAUCAUUCCUCACAGCCUCAGGACCCUUCCUUUUCCCCCGCAGCCGCUUAAGCGGCUGCGGGGGGAAAGGAAAGGGCCUGAGGCUGUGAGGAAUGAUGGGAGUUGGAGUCCAAAACACCUGGAAGGCCCAAGGUUGCUCAUAGAAUGAACCAGGUUCCAACAGCAAGAACUGAAGAAGUUAAUAAUAUAAAUAGACUCAAUCCUGCCAAGAAAAGGAAUCGACUUGUAUGCCGAGCGAGAAAGAAAACCCAUUAUCCCCUUUCUUUAUCCGUAACGAGGGCACUAGAUAGGCUCAAAGGGAGAAGUGCAUUUGGAAAGCAAAACCAUGUGUGAAUGCGUGAUUUUUUAUUUUUUAAAAAAGAACCGAACAAGUUAUAAUAUAAAUAGACUCAAUACUGCCAAGAAAGGUGAUUCUGUUGCACUAGAUCAACACUUGAAGUCCGACGGUACUUUUUCUGUUUUUCCAAUGGAAGGAAAGGGAAAGGGCGUGUUUUUAAUGAUUUGUUUUACCAAAAAUGUUCUAUGUGGUUAUUACUUCAAACGCAGCGGGAACGGCAUAGCAAUCGGAGCCAUAUAUUUACUCGGAGGAAGGUCCAAUCUUAUAUAGCCCGAAGAGGGUGAAUGACGUUUCUCCCACAUCUAUGGCAGGCAUCCUCAGAGGUUGUGAGGUCUGGGUUGCCGUGAGCUUUCUGGGCUGUCUGGCCAUGCUCCAGAAGCAUUCUCUCCUGACGUUUCUCCCACAUCUAUGGAAGGCAUCCUCAGAGGUUGUGAGGUCUGGGUUGCCGUGAGCUUUCUGGGCUGUCUGGCCAUGCUCCAGAAGCAUUCUCUCCUGACGUUUCUCCCACAUCUAUGGAAGGCAUCCUCAGAGGUUGUGAGGGCUGGGUUGCCGUGAGCUUUCUGGGCUGUCUGGCCAUGCUCCAGAAGCAUUCUCUCCUGACGUUUCUCCCACAUCUAUGGCAGGCAUCCUCAGAGGUUGUGAGGGCUGGGUUGCUGUGAGCUUUCUGGGCUGUCUGACCAUGCUCCAGAAGCAUUCUCUCCUGACGUUUCUCCCACAACUAUGGCAGGCAUCCUCAGAGGUUGUGAGGGCUGGGUUGCUGUGAGCUUUCUGGGCUGUCUGGCCAUGCUCCAGAAGCUUUCUCUCCUGACGUUUCUCCCACAUCUAUGGCAGGCAUUCUCAGAGGUUGUGAGGGCUGGGUUGCCGUGAGCUUUCUGGGCUGUCUGGCCAUGCUCCGGAAGCAUUCUCUCCUGAUGUUUCACCCACAUCUAUGGAAGGCAUCCUCAGAGGUUGUAAGGUCUGGGUUGCCGUGAGCUUUCUGGGCUGUCUGGCCAUGCUCCAGAAGCUUUCUCUCCUGACGUUUCUCCCACAUCUAUGGCAGGCAUUCUCAGAGGUUGUGAGGGCUGGGUUGCCGUGAGCUUUCUGGGCUGUCUGGCCAUGCUCCGGAAGCAUUCUCUCCUGACGUUUCUCCCACAUCUAUGGAAGGCAUCCUCAGAGGUUGUGAGGGCUGGGUUGCUGUGAGCUUUCUGGGCUGUCUGGCCAUGCUCCGGAAGCAUUCUCUCCUGAUGUUUCACCCACGUCUAUGGGAGGCAUCAGGUUGUGAGGUCUGGGUUGCCGUGAGCUUUCUGGGCUGUCUGGCCAUGCUCCAGAAGCAUUCUCUCCUGACGUUUCACCCACAUCUAUGGCAGCCAUCCUCAGAGGUUGUGAGGUCUGUUGGAAACAAGGCAAGUGGGGUUUAUACCCCAGGGUGGGAGAAAGAAAGAACCCUUGUCUGUUGGAGGCAAGUGUGAAUGGUGCAACUGGCCACCUUGAUUAGCAUUGGAUAGCCUUGCAGCUUCAAAGCUUGGCUGCUUCCUGGGAGGUGUUAGCUGGCCCUAGUUGUUUCUUGUCUGGAAUUCCCCUGUUUUUUUUUUUUAGUGUUGUUCUUUAUUUACUGUCCUGAUUUUAGAGGUUUUUUAAAUACUGGUGGCCAGAUUUCGUUCAUUUUCAUGGUUCCCUCCUUUCUGUUGAAAUUGCCCACACACACACACACAUAUAUAUAUAUAUACCCCAUUGUUUUCUUGAAAGCGUUCUCAAUCCCUUGCCGUCACAUUCAUCGCAUCCUUGGUUUUAGCCUUAAAGAGUGCAUCCAACUGAAGUGUCCGCUCACAAGACAAUUAUUAUUCCCUCCUUCGGGCUCGUUUCAAGGACGGGUGGGAACGCAUCCGUGAAGUGUGCCCGAAGUGUCCUGGGAUGGGAAAUACGUCAAUGAGAUGAGGUGUGUCCCGUUCACCAAAGCAUCCUUCUUAGCAAAAAGAGAGGCCUGGAAAAUGAAAUUUAAUUUAUAUUUUUUAGUAUCCUAAUUUGCUGGGGUCCACUUGGGCUGUGCCUUAGGGGAAGGGAGAGCGGAAGAGGCGCGUUGUCCCGUCCGCUUCGUUGGCACCAAAGUCCUUUCACUUCCUUCCGAAAAAGCCAUGCUGUCGAUCCACGGCCUCUCCUUCCGAGUAACGCUCUGUUCUUCCCUUUCCUCCCCAUCCAUCUGGAUGGAAGCAUGUGACCGAAACCACCGAGCGGAUCCCAAGCAAUAAGCACAUAUUGCAAGCAAACAGGAUCGAUCGCCUUCAACCCCAUCCCGGCCCCGAGAUGUUAUUGCAAAAGUCCCAACAUUAAACGGAAAAGGUUGAAUGUGCCUGGGAGCCAAGAAUGGCGCGAGUCGAAGGACAUCAGAUGUUCCUUGACAGCUUGUAAAGAGGAGAGAGGAAGGGGAAAGAGGCUAAAAUUAGACUCCGGUCUCGUGUGCCCUUCGGUUGCCUACCGGCUGUUGGGAAUGAUGGGAGUUGAAGUCCCAACCUUCCAAGUUUGCCCAGGCCUGUCAUAAAGUGACACCGCCCAUUAAACUACAUUAAUUCUAUUUAUUUAUUUACAGUAUUUAUAUUCCGCCCUUCUCACCCCGAAGGGGACUCAGGGCAGAUUACAAUGAACACAUAUAUGGCAAACAUUCAAUGCCAACAGACAAACAACAUUCAGUUUUAGACAGACACAGAGGCAUUUUAACAUCUUUCCAGCUUCACGAUUCCGGCCACAGGGGAGCUGUUGCUUCACCGUCCAUUGGUGGCUGUUCUUCCUCAUUCUUUUCCUCGUGAGCAGUUUUAUGGUGUUGUAGAUUAGUUAAAUUAGCCUCCCGCAUAAAGCGUACCUAAAUUUUCCCUACUUGACAGAUGCAACUGUCUUUCAAGGCUGCUAGGUCAACAGCAAGCCGGGGCUAUUUUUUUUAAUGGUCGGAGGCUUAACCCGACCCGGGCUUCGAACUCCUGACCUCUCGGUCAGUAGUGAUUUAUAGCAGCUGGUUACGAGCCAGCUGCGCCACAGCCCGGCCCCUACAUCUACCGUGUAGAUGCGCCACUGGGUAGGGAAACCUGGCCCCUUGGAUCACCCCCAUCAGCAUGUGUGAUGAUUGUGGAUGAUGGGAGUUAUGCUCUAACCAUAUAUGACUGUAGUAGCUAUGGGGCAUUCUGGAAGUUGCGAUCCAAAACAUCAACUUCUCCAUCCAACUUUAGAAGCCUUUGUAUUUGGAGCCCUUGGAAGGCUUCUCAUUCAAUCCAAAGACAGAAGUGGAUUCAAACCUAUUUAUUUUUGGUCUUAUUUUAUUUCAUUCUCAAGAGCUUAUGAUGCUGGUUGUACGUGUGGGUGAAUCACGGUCGCAGGAGAAAGCGUACCUCCGGGAAAGACAAUUUCUAAAUGUAUCUCGCAGUAAAUAUUUGUACAAAGGAGAGAGGAAAGAGAAGAUUCUUUGAAGUAAUGAUCGCUUUUUAAACGAUAACGAUACAAUUGUACAGUCCGGUCUCAGAGACUAGAAGAAUCUAUAUAUAUAUAUAUAUAUAUAUACACACACACAGGUAUUUUCUAAGGACUACCGGCGUAGAUCGACCUGAGCUAAUUUGUAGGUAAGCCACGCAGAAAUAGCCCACGUCCGUAUCUUUUACUCCCUUCGUAGUCCUGCUCCGCGGCCUCUCCAUCCGGAGAAUGAUGUUAUAUAUACAAUGUAUAGCUCUAGAAACUGAAUGUGCUGUUAUAUAAUGUAUAAUAAUAUAUAUAAUAUAUAUAUUUUUGGCCUA